AUGUUAUUGAUUGCCGAUUAUCAACCAAUAGAUUUACAUAGACUAUGUGGAUACAUCGAUGUACAGCUGAUGUUUUCUGUAUUCUUCACUUCCAUAGCAAAUGAGCCAACUUUUGUUGUUAUUGUUGAUCAGUGUAUGUAUGUGUUACUGCGGAUACAUAUACCGAGACACGUAUACAUACGUAUUUUUAUAUACUGUUUGUGCGAUAUGUUUGAAGAUAAACUGGAGAACGGGCGGAGCGACGAUCGACGGUUCCGCAGAAUGCCAUUGUUAGCGAUGCGUACAGCGAUUGUGGGCGCCGAUGCGUCGUUGUGCCUCCUAAUCGGGAUCGGAUUGUUUUUUGCACCGCAUAUUGCAGCUGAUCUGAUAUUUGUAAGUUUACCUCGAUAA